AUGCCCAUGUGCUCAAUAUCCAAAUGUCAUGGGUCUUAUAAAGAUAUCGGCGUAACUUUACAUAGACUACCAAAAGAUGACAGUCAAAGAAUACAGUGGGAAGGGAAUAUAAAAAAUCAUAUUACAAAUUUUUGUAGUAGAAAAAAUAUCUUCAUCUGCAGUAGGCAUUUUUUACAAGAAUGCUUUUACAAAAUUUUAUCAAAUGAUCAAGCAGAUACUCUAUCUGAAAUGCAAUCACCAAUAAUGAUGGAGAAAAAAUCAACUGAUGAACCAAUAGAAAAUGUUGCAUCUUUAGAAAAUGUUGCAGUUUUAAAAAGUUUUAACAAGAAUUAUACUUUCAAUCCAAUCUUUUCCAAAGCUUCAAGUGCAUUCAAUACAAGAACUUGUUGCGUGGUUGCUGACAUGCUUUUGAACAAAAAGUAA